CCCGUGAGUGGCCUGGCCCGGCCCGGCCCGCCGUAGCGCGUUCCCGCCGGCCGCCUCUCCUGGAGCCACGCGUCCCGCGGCGAGGUCCUUCCCCGCGCCCGCCGAGCCCGCUCCGCGGCCCGGAGGGGACGAGGUGAGCUCGGCGUCGCGAUCGCUCGGGGCAGCUCCAUCCCCGCCGUCCCUUCCCACGGAUCCCGGACCGCGCUCCUUCGGGGGCCGCCCAGGCUGCAGCACCUGCCGGGCGCGGACUCGGGUGCCCAGCGGCGGUGACGGCCACGCCUGCCCUCCCUGCCACAGGUUAGCACCGCGCGGGGAAGAUGUACCAGAGCCUGGCGCUGGCCCCGGGCCCCGGCCAGGCCGCCUACGCCGACUCCGGCGCCUUCCUGCACGCCCCGGGCGCCGGCUCCGCGAUGUUCGUGGCCCCGGCGCGCGUGCCCUCCAUGCUGCCCUACCUGCCUGCGUGCGAGCCGGGCCCGCAGCCCCCCGCGCUCGCCGCGCACCCGGGCUGGGCGCCGGCCGCCGCCGCCGCCGACUCCGCGACCUUCGGUUCUGGAAGCCCGCACCCGCCAGCUGCGCAGACACCCGGGGCCACCGCCUUCCCCUUCGCGCACGGCCCUCCCGGACCCGGCGGGCCCGGUGGCGGCAGCAACGCGGGGGCCCGGGACGGCGGCGCCUAUCAGGGCGCGCUGCUGACCCGCGAGCAGUUCCCGGGCGCUCUGGGGCGGCCCGUGGGAGCCUCCUACCCCACCACCUACCCGGCCUACGUGAGCGCGGACCUGGCCCCGUCUUGGACCGCAGGCCCCUUCGAGGGCAGCGUCCUGCAUGGCCUGCAGGGCCGCCCGGCUGGGCUCACAGGCCGCAGGGCCGCCUUCGUGUCCGACUUCUUGGAGGAGUUCCCCGGCGAGGGCCGUGAGUGUGUCAACUGCGGUGCCCUGUCCACACCACUCUGGCGCCGCGAUGGGACUGGCCACUACCUGUGCAAUGCCUGCGGCCUCUAUCACAAGAUGAAUGGUGUCAACCGCCCGCUGGUGCGGCCCCAGAAGCGCCUGUCCUCGUCCCGCCGUGCCGGGCUCUGCUGCACCAACUGCCACACCACCCACACCACGCUGUGGCGGCGGAACACGGACGGCGAGCCCGUGUGCAACGCCUGCGGCCUCUACAUGAAGCUACAUGGGGUGCCCAGACCCCUGGCGAUGAAGAAGGAAAGCAUCCAGACAAGGAAACGGAAGCCGAAGACCAGCGCCAAGACCAAGGGCUCCUCAGGUGCCCUCCUCCCUCCCGGGUCCAUGGCACAGGCAACAGCGUCUCCACCUGCCGUCCCCAGCAUCGAGAGCUCGGCGGCCUCCCUGAAACCAGAGCCCAGCCUGGCCUCCCCAGCGUGUGCUGGGCCCAGUGUCAUCUCUCAGGUGUCCGAGCCGGUGGAUGACCCCCUGGCCCCCAGCCACUUGGAGUUCAAGUUCGAGCCUGAGGACUUUGCCUUCCCGUCCACCGCCCUGGGCCCCCAAGCUGGCCUCAGUGGGACCCUGCGCCAGGAGACCUGGUGUGCACUGGCCUUGGCCUAGGUCUCCAGGCAGUCCUGCACUGGGGGAGCCACCCGGGAUGGCACCCACAAAUCCAUGCCAUGCCUGGAGACCAUGGGCCCCACCUGCCGGCAGAGACUGGUGCCCCAGAGUAAGUCGGUCCAUCACGAGAGUCAUCAGCAACCGCGUGGACCCUUCUGGGCCCAGCCCAGAGGGAGAGAGGAGCCAAAAAGCUGGGGAGUCCCGCGCCUGCAGCCAAGGUCCACUUGAAUUCCCUCACCAGCACUGGCUGCUGCCGCCGUUUUCAGGGUAUAGCAGCUGGGGAAGGCUCGAGCCUGCUUCUGCAAGCUGGCGUGGUGGCCACACCUGUCACCCCAGCACUCGAGAGGCUGAGACAGGAGAAUCGCCGUGAGUUUGAGGCCAGCCUCAGCUAUGUAACAAGUUUAAGGCCAGACUGGACGACGUAGACCCUGUCUCAGAAAAACAAAAGACGGGAAAAAAAAAGAAACCUGGAUUCCAACCAACAGACCUGAGGCCAUACCAGUAGUAGUGGGGGACCCUGGGCAUGGGGUCUGCUGGGGCCUCAAGGUCUUCCCUCCCUCAUUUGAGGGAAGGCACCCUGGUGCACAGUCUUUCCCUGCUCAAGGACACAGGACUGCUGGGGACAGAUAUGUAAGUUGUGCACUGUACCAGGACACCAUCCUGAGAGGGAGCGGGCCACACUGCCAUCACCACCACCUGUGUAUUUAUUUGGAUGGGUUUUGAGGUGGGUUCGUGAACAACAAUACAGGAAUCCAAGCAGCCAA